AGAAGAGGCAAAAAGCUGAACACAACACAAUCUGUCUAUAGUUAGAGGUUGCUGACUUUCAGAUAUUUGGACAUUUUGGACAAUGAAAGAAGGAACAAGCAGAACUGCAACUCGGUUCAGUGUCUCUCCUGCCGUCACCAUGCAGCAGGCUGUCAGUGUUUGGGUUCGAGACCCGCGGAUACAGAAGAACGACUUCUGGCAUGCCUACAUGGACUAUGAGAUUUGCUUACAAACCAACAGCGUUUGCUUUACCAAGAAGACCUCAGGGGUGAGGAGGAGGUACAGUGAGUUUGUGUGGCUCAGGCAGAAACUGAUGGCAAAUGCACUGCUAAUGGUAAAUCUGCCAGAUCUGCCUCCAAAAAAUCCUUUCUUCAGCCUGAACAAUGCAAGUCAGAUCAUAGAUCGCAUGAAGGGACUCCAGAGGUUUUUAGAAGAAAUCCUUCAGAACCCUCUGCUGCUGUCCGACAGCUGCUUGCACCUCUUCCUGCAGUCUCAGCUCAGCGUGGCCAAGAUAGAGGCCUGUGCUGCGGGAAGGACCAACUUCUCUGUGGCCCAGGCGGUCCAGCGCAGCGGUCUGAGGAGAUUCCACUCAGAAGAGGACAUACAGAAGGACACUAGCACGUCCUGCGACUCUGACUCAGAUAGCUCAUACUGUAGAGAUCCAGUGCAAAAGAUCAAGGGCUUGGCAAUACAAAAAUCCAGGAGUGCAGCUUUACUUGAUCACAUAUCGACGUGUCAAGAGGAGAUGUCCAGCUGCUCAUCUGGGUCGACGUAAAAACUUUGUCAUAUUACAGGAAGAAUGCUGAACCCUAAAAAUCCUUUUUUUAUAUAUUUUUC